AGAGCACGCCGGGACGCUCUCUGGUCCCCGCCGGGCCGCUCUGGGCACUGUGGAAUUGGCCUUUCCCGCACCCGGACCUUCCGGUCAGCUCGCCCAUCUCGCGGAGUGACGUCCAUGGCAGCCAAUGAGCAGGCGGAGCUCGCCAUACCCCGCCCCUCCACUGGCACAGCGAACCAUUCCUGUUCUAGAGGAGACAGGACGAGCCAGGCCCCGGAAGAGGAGCGUUGGGAAAGGAGUUGGAAGUCCAGUUGUGUAGGACUUUCUGGAGGGGGGUAUUUCGGAGGACUCGACACCCCCAUAAUUGCACCCGACCCAAGGGGGCGAAUUGAGACCAGAGUGACCUGCUGGAGACUGUUUAUAACCAUGUCAGGACCGCGCAGGGAGAGGAGAUGGAAGCGGAGGCCUGAGGUGAUUGGAACUGCACAAUAAAGGGUGGCGGAUGCACUGAAACAGCAGCCCCCAUCUUCUGACCCUCAGCCAUCUGGACCCUUCUCACCUCACCCCAUGUCCUCCCCAGGGCUUCCUGAAUGAUGGCGUGCUGAAAAGCUCCCCAUGACCCAGGCUCCAUGGCGUCCAGAGAUGCAGCAUCCCUGCCAGACUCUCCCUGGGGGCCCCGCAUGGGGCCCUGGGAUGCCAUCCUCAAGUCCGUCAAGGAACAGAUCCCAUCCCUGGACUCGGAUUCCUCCUGGUCAGACUGUGAGGAAGAGGAGCUGUUCAUCUUCCAGCGAGAUCAAACCGCCCUGAUUCCCGACCUGUCGGAGGAGCUGGCUGAGGACCCUGCCAAUGAUGGCGUGUCCGGGCCCUGGGUGGCUGCGGGUGAUGAGUCUCCUUGUGAGCCAGCUCUGGUGACUGUGGAAUUUGCUGCGGAGCUUGGGAGUGAGUGGAAGUCCAGGACCAAGGAUUCAGCCUCUCAGGAAGGAAGGGACGUCCAAAAGCCUUUCCAGAGCCGUGGUGAGACCAGCUCUCUUCCUAGGAUCCCUGAGGAGAGCCCUAGGUGGCAGGAAGGUGCCCUUGAGAGUGUCUCCUUCGGCACCAAAGAGCCCCAGACUCCUCCCGGGGGGCCACAGGGAGAAGCCCCCACCUCCACCCGGGCAGAGGGAGCCCUAGCGACAGAGGCUCCGAUUGUGCCAUUGCUACCCCACCAAGGCUCUGCUUCUGUGGACCUCAGAGCCCUGAGACGAGAGAGGAGAAAGAUGAUAGAGAGGGAUAUGCUCCACAGAGUAACCCGGGGGGCCCAGGACUCAGCCUGUGGCGACCACAGGCAGGCAAAGAAGACACCCCAAGAAGCAGCUCCAAGGCCGCAGAUGCCACCAGGGGAACCUCAGGCUGGCUGCCCUGUGCUCUCCCUCCAGCAACUUGAAGAGUGGGAUUUAGACUACAUCCUUCAGAGUCUGGUGGGACUAGAGGAAGACUGGGGAGACGGAGAACCUGGAGACAUGUGGCGGGCAGCUGACCACUGCCAAGGCCGAGACCACACUGUGCCUGCUGCCCAAGACUGGCUCAUGGAACAGCUUACCCUCCUGUGUGCCAUGCCGUCCAUACUGUCAUCCUCUGCCUGGAAGGUUCCUGCAGACAGACCCCAAGACACCGAGGAGCAGCAGGCCGGCCACAGACAUGCUUCCAUGAGGCUGGGCUUCCAGGCUGAGCUGGGCCAGGGCAUGAGGCUGAAGGGCCUGGUGGAGCUGCCCACCAUCUUCAUUGAUCUGCGGCAGGCCAGGCCACCAGGCUGCCUGUCCCCGGCCAGCUCCAGCCACAGCUCCUCUGACAGCGAGGAAGACUCAGCAGCUGCGAGGGACCAGCAGGGCCCGGUGGAGGGGGCACUUUGUUCCCCCCAGCAGCUCCGGGACUGCACCGGCAAGAGCCAGCUGCUCCAGCAGCUCCGCGCCUUCCGCAAAGGGGCAGCUGCACCCAAGCUGGGUGCUGGCGAGGGUCCCAGCAGCCAGAAGGCUCAGGCCCCUGAAGAUACGGCUGGAUUGGGAAUGAGGAAGAAGCAGCACAUCAAACUCUGGGCCCUGGGGCGGGGUGCCCCGGCCACAUUUCCAGGAGGAAGUCCCAGGGCCCUGGGGGGCUCUCUUGGGCCAGCGACAGACAGGGAGGCCAUUAUGACUCCACUGGGCCAACCAUAGAUGGCUCAGGUAAGGAGACCUGUGGAGAGGUGGUGGGAGACUUGGCUUUCCAUGGACACGUGAGCCCAAUGAUGUACCUUCUCCCCUGUGUUCCCCCAGGAGCAUGAUUUGUUGAGCAGGGACCCCCGAGUGUCUGUUAGAAUCCCGUCAGAAUUUUCUGCGUGCACUUAGAGCAAGGGUGUACAUACGCAGGUGUACCUGAAGUUGGGAAAUAAGGUGACCCCCAUCCUCUGAGACUGGAUGGAAAGACCCCGCAGGAUGGCUUUGUUCUGACAGUUCUGGACGGUCAGAGCCUUGUCUGUCUUUCCCGUUUCUGCAUCCUUUCUCUUUACUGAACAUCUGUCAUCUCCAUCACACAAAUUCUUUUAGAAAUAGAAAGCUUUAAAAACUAAAAACUGCUUAGAGAAUUGCAGGGGUGGAAGGGUCUUAACAGAAUUUAGCUUGAUCUUCUGGGUCCCUGGAUACAUGCGCACCACACAUGUGUGCGCGCACAUGUGCGCGCGCACACACACACACACAAGACCAAAUGGACUUUUCAUAAAGGAGAAAAGGCUGGAAUCUGCUUUCUCUUUUUUCUCUUUAACCAAGACACAAAGGCACAAGUGUGUUCCAGGGUGGUCCAGGCCAACUAAAGAGAGCACAGACCUUACACACAUGGACGAGACACAGAAAUGUUCUAGCAGCUGGAACCUCUGUGUGGAACUGAACAGCACCUGCCCUGUCGAUAACCAGCCAGAGCUGGGGACAGCUGGGCCCCCUCUUCCCUGCCAAGGCCCCCACUCCACACGGGCAUCUCAGGUCUCCACCUCCUGGAUCAACCCCGUCAUUGCCAUGCCCCCAUUGCCCACCUCUACAAAGAGCUGCUCUGACCUAUGCUCUUAGCCCCGAGUUGUCCUCCUGCCCAAGGACCCCCAGCUUUUUUCCAGUGUAUUAGACACCCCCCCCCGUGCCCCGCCCCAUGGAAAGAGCAGAGAAACCACCUCAGGUCCCAACCUACCUCCAGUCAAACAGCAGACACGUUGCACCUGAGCACCAGACAUGGGACAGGUCCUGCUUGGCCUCUGCCAGUGGUUACAUCACGAAAUGCCAGCCACAGGUGGCUGAGACCUGGCACAGACCAUCACACUCAACUCCACUUGACCCACCCACACUGGAGACCCCCCAACUGGAGUAGCCCCACAAGGCCCCCCCCCAGCCCCCAAGCCCCAGUGAGGGGCAGUCUUCAUUCACACAGCUGCUGUCUCCUGUAGCCCAGCUCCCCCAGCCUGCAGAGGCCUCACCCACCCCACGCUGUGGGAUGCACACAGCAGGGUGCUGUCUGGUUCCUGAUGUCCUCAGCUACUGCCAGCCUCACUGUCAAGAGCAAAGGUGGUUUUCCCCUUUAGUCCCCUUUUCUCCCAUCGCUCCCCCUUUUAAUGCCAGCAAAUUCAUUUCGAAUGUCUCUGAAACAGCGACAGAAAAUAAAUUCUCUGCUCUGAGCCCGGCUGUUUGUGAAUCACUGUCUUAUGUAGGCGAGCAGGGGAAGCUCAGACCUGGGGCAAGAGCCGGCUUCAUCACCCGAGCAAGGUGUUAACAUAUGUUGUGCCUCAGUUUCCCCACCCACGAGAGGCAGUAUCACAGCAGAGACUCACACCUGGAACAAAGACCUUCCGUACAUGUUGGCCAUGAGGAUGAUGAUGGUGAGAAGGGGUGAGGGGAUGCAGGCAAGAAGGGGAAUAUACCUGGACCAAUGGAGGCAGCCAGAGGCACAGCUGAGGGCAUGAGCAAGCACUGGAAGGGGCCCAGUGGGAUGGCCUUGGCCCAGGCAGUUCUAGUCUCCCAAGAGUGCAGACCCCAGCCAGACUGCUUCCACCUCUGGCCAUAGCCUUGAAUGAGAAGUCUGGGGGCCAGAGACUGCACGGGAGUGCGGAUGGUCAGCAGAGGGAGAUGAGGCUGGGAACCAGUGCUGGCUCAGGGCUAGCACUCGGGUACUCUGCCACAGGAGCCCCCAGAGCUGGUCUAGAAGAUACAGACCACCUGCAAAUUGGGAGGCCCUACUCUCCAGAAAACACAUGGGACAGAGCAAAUGGCUCAGGGGGAGAGUGGGGUCAUUUAUUGAGGGAACGAAGAGACUGGGGUUGUGCUGACAGGUAACAUGAGAACAUGCACAGGGACUGGUGACAUGCAGAGUGAAUGGAGCAGAGAGAAAAGGGGCAGGGAAACUAGAGCACUGGAAACGCAACAACCGGAAUGCAAUUAGAGAAUGUUGAUGCAUUGUGAAAAUGUAACUGAUGUCACCGAACAGCUUGUGUAGAAAUUGUCAAGUGGGAACCUGAUUUGCUAUGUAAACUUUUAUCAAAAACAGUAUUACCUAAAAACAAAGUGAACAGAGUACUGCAGGGUGGGGUGAAGGCAGGGCCACCUGCCACAGGACAGCUACUCAGCCUGGAGGGAAUGGUCCAGAAGGCCCUGCUCAGCAGCUGCCCCCUGACGCUGCAAUGAUGAAACCAAAAGAGGACUCCAUGCUGUGCCUCCUGCCACUUACCUGACAACGGAUGUGAAUAGGUAAGAGGGGAACACAUGCCUUGGAGUCCACGCAGAAGCUCAAAGGUGAGACUUUGUGCCUUAGAAAGACCCAGUGGGGCAUCGAAGGAAGGCUUAGUCCCAGAAAAUGACCCAUUGGCCCAGGAGCGGGGCAGCCCUCAACCCUGACUCUGGGGAGGGGUCAAGCUCAAUCAAACCCCAGCUUCCUCACC